AUGCUCUUCGGAACCAUCGACACCCUCUCCGGCCUCGCUGCCACCCAAGCCACUCCUACUCCCAAUCAGUCUCUCUCUCCUGCUGCUCUUGGCCAAGGUGAAGACACUGAUGGUACCGACGAUGCUGCCUCGCACCCUGCAGGUGGUAUCAGCUCUGCCAUCUCUGUCGUCGACUCCGACAGCCUUUGGCAGACCCGCCUCUCCUCUUCCUUUGGCCCCGUGCCGCGUGCGCGAUACGAUGCCCUCGUCAACGCCCUCCACGCGCCUUACCCGCGCGGCGAUUCGCGAGUGCAAGCUAUUGCUGCCCAUCGACAGCAGCUCCCCAGCGCCGCCGUCGCGAAGGGCCAAGGUCUGUCUGUGGCUUCUCUGUGCGCCGUGCUUGCUGGUACUUCUGCUUCUUCAGCUCUUGGCGCUACCCGUGACGGUGUUCUGCCUACUGGCGACUAUUUCAAGCGCUCUCGAGAGACUUUUGAACACGACAACCACGUCGACUACGACGCUGCCCGCUUCUUGAAGCGCUCUCGUCUCUUCUCUCCUCCCGAUCUCGACGACAACGCGUCGUCUCCUCCUGCCCUCUCUGCUUCUCGCUCGCCUUCCCCCGAGCUCGAGGACAUCCGUACUCCUCCCAUCAACACUAUCGCUCUUCCGGACAUUCAGCCUGAGCGAGGCAUCAAGCGUAGUGCUGAUGGCUUCGACAAUGACGUCGAUAUCGCUAUGGAGCCCGAGCCCAAGCCCAAACAGAAGGUCCAGCGGGUGAAGGAGCGUACCGUCGUCGUGCCUCCUAGCCGCGCUCUCAAGCGCACUACGACGAUUCUGUCGCUCGCUGCCCCCUCUACUUCCAUCGACCGACCCGCCAUCGCUGCCUCGGCUCGUACCCUCUCCCCAGCGCCCUUUGCGGGCUUUUCUGCUCCCAAGGAUUGUCCUACUCUCCCCGAGUCGCGCAAGCUUCAGCGCACGACUACGACUCUCGGGCAAACCGCCCUCCGCCCCCUCCCCCUCCAGACAAUCGACAUGAACAGGCCUCCUCAGCCUUCUCGUCGAGCUCUUCAGCGCACCACCUCUGCUUUGUCGCUCGCGACCCCAACUCCUCCCCAGGCGUCUUUGGCGCCACCUCGACAGGUUUCAAGGCCUCGUCCACUCAAAAGCUGCCUCAAGCGGUAUGCCCCUCCCGCCAACCCUCCCCCUGAUUUCCACUUCGGCAAGUCGGGGCAAACAUGGCCUGGUUUCACGUUUUUUUGCCCUAUCCCCCGGUCUCGCCGAAAGCUCUCGGACGAGGAAAAGAGAGCUCGCCAAGCCCGUAGGGAUCUCAAGGCCAAUAGGACCCGGAGGUGGAACCCGGAGACCGGGCUCAAAGAGUUCUUGCCUCGCCGAGUGCCUGGUGCCGAGCCUGAGCCUGUGCUGGAGAGCUGGAGGGAGAUGGAGCCCUGGAGCGAGGGAAAAAGUUCUUUCAAAAAGAGGACGCCCUGGAAUGAUGAGGUUACUCGUCUGGUCAUGGGAGAGAUUUCCCUCGACGACGUGACUGAGAAUAUGACCAAGUUGUCCGUCCAGCCUAUCCGCAAAAAGGUUGUGACUUGGGGAGGCUGUGAAACGCGGCUCUUCUAAGCGCCUCGACUUGUUUGACUCGAUACCCCUUCAUGUCCAACAGAUAUCACCAGCAACGCGACACUGAACAAUACGACGCCGCAUCUCCUCUGCCAACGACAACCAUACGUCCUUCCUCUUCAAGAUACAUGGAUCUCGAGCUGACCGUCUCUUUCUUUCCCAGCUGUCUGUCCUGUCGUCACCAUCUUGUCAUUCUCCCUCAACACCCCCAACCACUUUUCACUUUCGUCCAACGUCACUUUCCAGCAUCGAUACGCCUUCCUCGCGCAAGUGUUCUCCUGUGGUGUACGCCAUCAACGUCUUGUAUCGUUACCUCCACCCUUUUCUCGGGGUUGCCCUCUUCUAUCGUUUUCUUGUCUUCUUGUCAACGAGGCGAGAGGCUGUAUGCUGUUGUUCUAUCUUUCUGAUCUUUUGUCCACGGCCUCGCGCCUGCUUUUUCACUCUUGGAUAUUGGUCAUUGAUCUCGUCAACGUCGUCUCGCGAUUGCUCGGUUGUUCUCAUCCCGACCUCCUCUCAUCGCUAUCCUAUCUGCUGAUAGUAGCAUAGGUACUUGUAUCGUCGAAUAGGCAUUGUAGUAUAUGCCCAUUAUAGCACAUAGACCAUAGUCAAUAGCUUAGCUAGCAUAAAGCAGAUAGUUGAUACCCUCAUAGCUGGUAGUGUACGUGGUUGAUAGCUCUUGUAGUUGCAUAGAUACGUACCCAUAUACCUUUGUAGAUGUUUAUAGCCUGAUAGCAUUCGAGUAGCGAUAUAUAGCCAUAGGUUUGUACUGUUUAUAGCAAG